UGAAGAUCUCUCGAGGAAGUUAGUGUCUCACACUGGCUGCAGCAGCAAACUCUGCUCUCUCACACUGCUGGCUGAUCGUUGAGUUUAAAGUCAGUUUCGCAUCGCUUUCCAUGGAUUUUUGUGUUUUAAAAAUAGCUUUUAUUUGUGUUACACGUAAGUUUAAUUUCUAAAAUAAGCACUUCGUUCGGGCUGCUUGUGGGACUGUGCGCAACAAGUUGAAGAUCUCGCUGGAAAGAGGACUUUCAUAAGCAAUCGUUUUCUGCUCUCUUCUUGGACACUGGCAGUCGGGCUGUGUUCUUCAAGUGCUGUACUGAAGAUAUUCAUCUUGUAUCGAUUCUGGCCGAUGCUUAUGAAACGUCUCCGAUCGAAGACUUCGGUGGCGCACGUAUUUUAACCUAUCGAUCCGCUGUUUGUUGAUAUGGAUCUUCGUCCAGAGAUCCCACCCGCCUCUCAGGCAGGGUCGCAGGUUCAUCCAGGCGCCGCUGCUGCGGCCGCUGCCGCCUCCAUACCGGUUUCAAUGGCAGGUAGCCUGUUAAGGGCCCCGCCGCUGUUGCUUCGCGCUACGGAGAAGUAUCCAAGGACGCCCAAGUGCGCCCGGUGCAGGAAUCACGGCGUGGUAUCCGCGCUCAAAGGGCAUAAGCGCUACUGCAGAUGGAAAGACUGUAUGUGUGCCAAAUGCACCCUGAUCGCUGAGAGACAGCGCGUGAUGGCCGCUCAGGUCGCGCUCCGCAGACAGCAGGCGCAGGAGGAGAACGAGGCGAGAGAGCUCCAGCUGCUCUACGGUACAGCAGAGGGUCUGGCCCUGGCCGCUGCCAAUGGCAUCAUACCACCCCGGCAAAACUACGAGGUCUUCGGCCCAGUUAGCAACGAAUCAAACUCUGGAGAAUCAAAUAUCCAAAAGUUCGAGCUGUUCCCCAAGACACAUUUACCAGGAACGGUGACACCACAGCAGGCGGCUGGAAAGUCUGUGUCCACCGACACCGAAUCCGUUCCUGGCAUGUCGUCUCCAGAUAUGCGCCACGGCUCGGGUUCGGAAAACGGCGAUCGAGAGUCCAUCGUGAGUUCCCCGAUAGCCAAACCACUAAAAGAUGGCGAGGAGACGCCAGGCUCAAUCAGUCCCAUCGGCUCAGACUCCGGCUCCGACACGGAUAAAGAUGAGCAGGAGCCCUCGCCCUCCUCCGCGGCAUCACGACAGAUGAACGCCAUCGACAUCCUAACGAGGGUUUUCCCUAACCACAAGCGCAGCGUCUUGGAGCUUGUGCUUCAAGGAUGCGGGAAAGAUGUGGUGCAGGCCAUAGAGCAAAUCCUAAACAACAGCGGUCAAGCCAAAGGCCCAGAGGAGACCUGGACGGCGGAGAGGAUGCUGCAGAGCGCGCAGCCGACCAUGUCCUCCACCCCGCGGCCUAUGUUACCUGGAACCAUGACGCUCAGCAACAGAUCUGCGUUCUCUCCUCUGCAACCCAACGCGCCACAUUUCGGUUCCGACCCGAGCACGUACCCUCUCAGUACGCAUUUGGGCCUGAACCCACUCCGGCUGGCAUACUCGGCUCACAGCAGAGGCCUGGCCUUUAUGGCACCAUACUCCACCACAGGUCUGAUGCCAACUCUGGGCUUCAGGCCGCCAAUGGACUAUGCCUUCAGUGACUUAAUCAGAGACAGGACUCUCUUACAUAAAGACCAGAGCUAUACCAAUGGACUGUACGGUCCUCUGGUCAACAACACUCCAGAGAAGCAGUGAAAUGGUGAUUCCCAAAUAUAGACAAAAGUGUUUCAUGUCUUUAAAGACUAAAAAAUUAUCAUCCCUAAAGACUCACGCGCCUCGUGUUCCUGUAUAUAAAAUAUGUCUAGGUUAAUCACAAGAAAAAAUGUGUUUGGUGGUCGUGGCUUCUUUGAAGUUUGUGAUUAAUCAAAAAAGAAAAUGGUUACGUGUAAAGGUUAAAGUAGUUUCUGCCUAUCUUACUGCAAGAUGGCGUUACUGACACAAAAUAAACCGGUGAAUUAUUUUAGACCUUUAGCAGAGUAACCAUAGUAUUUUCACGUAAUGUAAAUUGUGUAUUUUAAAAUCCUUCACGUUUGUUACAAUCCAUUUAGAUUAUUUACCAAGCGGAUUAAGCCCCCGUGUGAUGAAUGAUAGUGCAAUUCCUAGAAUAAUUUGCUUCAUGAUUUAAAAAGGGACUCUUCUAGCAUCAUUGUAAUCGUGGAGCGUUUAUUAUUCCAUCUUUUCUGCUCAGUGUGUGUAAAAUUGUACUUUGUUCAUUCAACAAAACAGAACAGAAUUUAUUUGGAAUCAGUAUGAUUAAUGGCACAAGUAGACAUUUGUGUUCCCUUUGUGAGUGAUAUAUUGUGUUACACGACGAAAUAAUGUAUAUUGCAUUUCUUGAUGAUGAUAAAGUCAUAUUUGUUUUCUUAAAAAAAUCAAAAGGGAUCUAAAAAACAUGUAAAACAGUUGUUUGUUGAAUUAAAUCUUGCUGCGUUGC